ACAUGUUUGGAUAUGCUUUAUUUACAAACUCAAAAGGUCUUGUGUUUUUCGUGUGUAAUGCCAUCCAAAGAACCUUAUAAAGUCAUUCAUGGCUACUACAUCCCUUUCCAAUAGCAAUCGUUCAGACAGUAGUUUGCACCACUGCUGGUUCCAGCCAUACCUCCUAUCUGGUCAGAGUAAUGAUGAAUAUCCAGCUUUGUGCCUUAUAUUUGUGGUCUGCUCAUCAUAAAAUGUAUGGUUUUCUGUCACAUGACUGGAUCAUCUGAGCAAUGAAGUCAACAGAUAAUGGCAUACAAUUUAGUCAGUUCACAACCAGUUCCAUCCUCUUCCUCAUUAUUUACCUUAUCACAGUAGUAUGAAAGACGAUUAACCUCAUAUUCACAUUCUUGAUGUUUGUGUUCAUGUGUUUUACAGUUUUGUGUCUGAUUCGCACAUUUAUGUCUGACUCUUAUCCUUUGCAGCACUUACUGCACCUGCAGUCUUGUUAGGCUCCGACCUAUCCACAUCUCUUUUUUUUUACACCCGUUGGUUAUACUUGCAGAAUCUAUACUGACGUGUCAACAGUCUCCCUUUAUCUCUCUGUUACGGGUGAAAUACGUCUUACAGAAAGUCAUUUUUUACACGUUUUUCUGCAGUUCUGCAUUUCUUUUCAGUCUGACCUGUCAACUGCAAAUUUCAUUGCAUGCAUCUUUGUCAAUCACAGGGAAAAUACACAGAACUCCAAGGUUUAUUUGCAGUAUGACUGCUGUUGCUCGCUGCCAAUAUUUCAGGGAUCAGAGUCUCAUGGAUUCUACUAACCCUGACUAAUGAUUGAUCAGAAUUUCCAUAGCAAAACCCAUGCCUCACAAACUUCAGACUUUCACAUUAAUACAGAUAUCAUUUACAAGUCAUAGCACAAUGCAAUUUCCAUCCUCAACGAAUUUUACUGCCCUGGACAUCUUUACUUUGUAGUCAUUACUUCUGUGUCAAUUAUGUGCUCACCCAUACAGCAUGGCUUGCAAUUAUCACCAGCCUAGGGAGUUUACUGAUGUAGUUAGUUGUAUUAAUCUUUAUUACCACAUAACUGAGUUCAUCGCAUACCUGUUGCAAAUCCAUCCCUAAGCCUUCUUGGAGAGGUGCUUACUAAUACAUUACUAAGACUGCAAACAUUACAAAAUUUCCAGUGAGUUGCUUAUAAGGUAGUCAUUACAUGUGGGCAACCCUGCACUUUAAAGGGAGAGUGUCAAAGAUGCAAGUCCCAGAACACUUCAUUUUUUUUUUUCACCAAUGCAUACUUUAACUAGUAUAAAACGCAUCUGUGUCACUCUUUCUGCACCUUCCCCCUUAGUUUUUUACAAAUUUGACUGUUUUUACUCCAGGAGCGUCCCGCUCUCAAUCUGGUUACCAUAGUACCACCCUCAGUGUGACAUUAGCAUACACACCCCCUUCCUUACCUUCAGCUCUUUAAAUAUCACCUUUCCCACCACUAUUUUCCUUCCCUUGGGAAAAAGAACACAACCUUGCUGUGGUUCCGAUCCUUUAUUUAAGAGAAUUAUUUACACAGUCAGAAUAACCUCCUCGAAAACCAUGAAGGGUAAGACAUUGGCAGGUACAAAGUGCCACAGGUCUGUUUCUGCUAAUGAACAAAGGACUGCAACAAGGGUUUCCACAGGUGCAGGACAACGUAGACGACGACAACGUAUGACAGAACACAGACAAAUGUGUACUCCAUCAGCAAGUAGAUGUGACACACAAGGGACUUUGGAAGACCGAAUUCGUGCUUUAGGCAGUGAGGACCUGCGAAAAAUAUGUGUAAGAAUUGCUGAGCGAAAUCCAGACAUUCUUCUGGAAGUCCUUGACAGUGGAUUCCUACAUGGUCCAGAAGUUACAAAUCAACAUAGUCCGGAUGCUCCUGACUGGUGUGUAUGCAACCGCUGUAAACACAUGCCGACGGUCAUCGAAAGUGUGUGCUGCAGAAUGACUCCAGAGAACUGCAUCUCCUCGUCACAAGAAAUGCAUCUGUGUGUCCUCCAGCGUUGUGUCCUACAGACGGCUGAAGCAUACCGGCGGUCAUUAUUUGGACUACCGAUGGAAGCAGAUGAAAAUAAAAGGUACAGACAUACAGCUUACCGUCAAUACAUUGUGUGGCGUCAUGGACGUUUAGGGACUGGAAACAGGAGAGUCAUUCCCAGCUGCUGUGUUUGGAGAAUUCGUGACAGAUAUCCGGAUGCAAAUGGUGUUUACACAGGUUUCCGGCCCACCAGAUUUUAGACAUAAAUACUGUCACAAUACCAUAGUCAUUCAGUUGUUCUGUUGUUCACAUUCUAUGCAUUUCAUAGUUUUCCUGUGUGUAUGACUAUUAAUGUACUGUCUUCUGUUGCACAAUUCACCCGUACAACGUCAUCCAUUGCACAUGUAAGAGUGUGUUGUUAAAAUAAAUUUUUUGGAAAAACA